AAAAAAUCACGGAUAAUUUCCGUUUGUCUUGACAGAUCUGGAGCCCGAGUCUUCACACUGAUUGUGGAUGCUAUCUGUUUCUCUGAGCGAGCCGCAUUUGGGUUGAUUAGAUAUUGGAAGCUGUGUACAGCAAGAGCUGCUAAAUGAAGCAAUGGCGGGAGUUGCAGGAGGAAAUGAUUUUCAGUGGUGUUUCUCUCAAGUGAAAGGAGCGAUAGAUGAAGAUGUUGCGGAAGCUGACAUAAUCUCAACAGUUGAAUUCAACUAUUCUGGAGAACUGCUUGCAACUGGAGAUAAAGGAGGCAGAGUAGUGAUAUUUCAACAUGAACAGGAGUCAAAGAAUCGUCCACACCUGCGCGGGGAGUACAACGUCUAUAGCACUUUUCAGAGUCACGAGCCAGAAUUUGACUAUUUGAAAAGUUUAGAAAUCGAGGAAAAAAUAAAUAAAAUAAGAUGGCUACCCCAACAAAAUGCUGCUCACUUUCUACUUUCGACAAAUGAUAAAACUAUCAAAUUGUGGAAAAUAAGUGAAAGAGAUAAACGGGCAGAAGGUUACAACCUGAAAGAUGAAGAUGGACGACUCAGAGACCCCUUUAGAAUCACCUCUUUACGGGUACCAGUACUGAUGCCAAUGGAUCUCAUGGUAGAAGCAAGCCCACGGAGGAUCUUUGCAAAUGCGCACACCUAUCACAUUAAUUCCAUUUCUGUAAAUAGUGAUCACGAAACGUACCUCUCCGCAGAUGACCUAAGAAUAAAUCUAUGGCACUUGGAAAUCACAGACAGAAGUUUUAAUAUUGUAGACAUCAAGCCCGCCAACAUGGAGGAACUGACAGAAGUAAUCACAGCUGCUGAGUGCCAUCCACACCAAUGCAAUGUAUUUGUGUACAGCAGUAGCAAAGGCACCAUCCGCCUGUGUGACAUGCGAGCAGCAGCACUCUGCGAUAGGCACUCAAAGUUCUUUGAGGAGCCUGAGGAUCCAAGCAGCCGAUCCUUUUUCUCUGAGAUCAUCUCCUCCAUCUCGGACGUGAAGUUCAGUCACAGCGGACGCUAUAUGAUGACACGUGACUACCUCUCCGUCAAAGUUUGGGACCUCAACAUGGAGAACAGGCCAGUGGAGACGUAUCAGGUCCAUGAAUACCUGCGCAGCAAACUCUGCUCCCUGUAUGAAAACGACUGCAUCUUUGACAAGUUCGAGUGCUGCUGGAAUGGCAGUGACAGUGCCAUCAUGACCGGCUCCUACAACAACUUCUUCCGAAUGUUCGACCGCAACACCAGGCGGGACAUCACACUGGAGGCGUCCCGGGAGAGCAGCAAACCCCGGGCUACCCUCAAACCACGCAAAGUGUCCACCGGCGGCAAAAGGAAGAAGGAUGAAAUCAGCGUGGACAGCCUAGACUUCAACAAGAAGAUCCUCCACACUGCCUGGCACCCCAAAGAUAACGUGAUAGCUGUGGCAGCCACCAACAACUUGUACAUUUUCCAGGACAAAAUCAACUAGAAGAUUUGGGGCUCCAGAGGAUAGGGCUUUUACCGUACCUGUGUAGUUAAGCCUACUACUUGUCUAUCUGUAUAAGAAGAAACAGCCUCGUUGUCCUCCUGGUGAAGAAUUCGAAAGCACGUGUCUACUUUUUUUGCCACAGGAGGUUGAUCCAUAGGCCUGUUUUAUUUUGAGUCUGAGCUUAGGUUGUUUUUGCCUUUGGCAUCAGGGCAAUCAACAUGCCCCCCCUGACCCAGAAAGCCCAAUUUGGGUCUAAUUGACGGAAUGGCACUCCCUAGAGGUCAAACUCUUGAACGUUGGUGUUUGUGUUGACAUUUUAAGCCUUCAUUUCAUGAUUUAACGACAGAACUCUCGGAAGCCCUAAAAAUGACGUCUUGUCAAAGUUGUAACACCAUUUGAAAGAUUUUGGGCCCUGUGAAGCACGGAUUAAUGGCCAAUAAGCCUAACUGUAACAUUCCCCCAUUGGCCAUGUAUUCAGGCCAAACUACUGGUGGGUGAGGUCAUGAAUUUGGAAAAGUGGACUUGUUUCUUUUCUUCCCCUCCCUCCUAUUACUUUAUCCCAGUCAAUACGGUGACAUAAUUUCACUGACUGUAUCUACUCAAGUACACCUUGUCAUCCACAUAAUAAAAGAAACUAAAACUA